UUAACUUCAGCAGCCGCUGCAUCCUCACCGGGACACCACAACACAAAGGCUUGUUGUGCAAUUAAUAGAAGGCUUUAUUGUUGCGGCGCGUAAAUGCGCAUUAAGGGUUACGUUCCGCGUUCAUUAAGACAUUCCUGCGCGGAUUGGGGCGACAGAGAGGCUUUACAUAAUAAACUGCAAGCAUUCACGUGAAAUGCCCCUUUAAAAGCCGGCUCUCUUCGGUCACACCGAGGGGCAUCGUAAACAAGCGGAACGAGAGGAGUCUGUGACAGCUGCACUUUGGUGUGUCAAACCAGGCUUCAGGAUGGUUUCUUCGUACCCUUUACCGGAGGGCUUCUCCGAGUUUGAUGUGUUUUCCCUGGGAUCUUGUCUGCUUGUGGAGGGUCUGCUGGGCUUCUUUCUAAAUGCGGUCACAAUGCUUGCUUUCCUCAAAGUGAGAGAACUGAGGACUCCCAGCAAUUUCCUAGUAUUCAGUUUAGCGAUGGCUGAUAUUGGCAUCUCCAUGAACGCCACGAUCGCCGCUUUCUCCAGCUUUCUGAGGUAUUGGCCUUAUGGCUCUGAUGGAUGCCAGACUCAUGGUUUCCAGGGCUUCAUGACAGCUCUUGCCAGCAUCCACUUUGUAGCUGCCGUUGCCUGGGACAGAUAUCACCAGUACUGCACCAGGACAAAGCUGCAGUGGAGCAGUGCCAUCACUCUGGCUGUGUUUGUGUGGCUGUUCACUGCCUUCUGGUCCGCCAUGCCCCUCAUUGGCUGGGGAGAGUACGACUACGAGCCCCUCAGGACUUGCUGCACACUGGACUACAGCAAGGGAGACAGAAACUACGUGUCCUACUUGAUUCCAAUGAGCAUCUUCAACUUGGGUAUCCAGGUGUUUGUCGUCAUGUCUUCUUACCAAUCCAUUGCACAGAAAUUCAAGAAGACAGGAAACCCCAGAUUCAACCCCAACACUCCUCUGAAGACUAUGCUGUUCUGCUGGGGGCCCUAUGGGAUCCUGGCUUUCUAUGCUGCUGUGGAGAAUGCAAACCUUGUCUCACCUAAGCUCAGAAUGAUCGCGCCUAUCCUGGCUAAGACUACUCCCACCUUCAAUGCCCUCCUGUACGCACUGGGAAAUGAGAACUACAGAGGUGGCAUUUGGCAGUUAAUCACCGGGGAAAAGAUUGAUGUGCCUCAAAUUGAGAACAAGUCCAAAUAAACUGAGCAUGCAAUAAUUACAUGCAUUCUGUCCUUGUGGUUUCUCGCAGGUACAUAGAUGUUUGUGAGUGUCUGUGCAUUUUGUGUGUCUUGAGCAGUGGUAGCCAUUGCACCUGUUCUGCUCCCCGUUGUGUCUGCAGUUGUAUUUCUAAAAUGAUUGUCACAUUACAAAAUAAACAUAUGAAAUAACAA